UUCAAACCUGGAAUCUUAAACUUAGAUUUGCCAAUGUGCUACUGCAGCUAAUUGUAAUUCUAAUACUAAAAAAUAUUUAUUUAAACCAUAAUCUUUUUACUUCGUAUAAAAAAAAUAUUGCUACAGCCAGGAUUCGAACCUGGAAUCUUCAAUUUAGAUUUGCCAAUGUGCUACUGCAGCUUGAUCUGUCAAUUCUACUAAAAAAAAUUUAUUUAAAAAAGUCCACACUAAUUGUCAAAAAGAAAAAAAAUAAAUGAAAAUAACUGUUUCUUUUGCGCGGGAAAAGUUUUGUUAGUUACGCAACUUUUGGCGCCAAAAAAAUUGAGGGGCAAUUAGUUUAGCACCACUAAUCACAAUAAUAUGGUACACACACUACACACCAAAGCUGUUACCAGAAAUUCUGUUAAACAAAAAAAUAAAAAUAAAAAAAUGAACCGCCGGAAAAUCUCUUGGUCAGAUUUACCACCGGAGCUUCUAUACGACAUCGCCGAACGCCUUGAAACCCGAACCAACAUCCUGCAGUUCCGGGCAGUCUGUAAAACAUGGCGGAAUUCAGCCACUUUCUCUCUCCUCUCUAAGAAAAGCAUACUUUCCCCAAUUUUACCCCACAAAUUCUCCACUACUACCCCUCCAUUGCUGCUUCUGAGAGGAGACCCUUCUGUAGUUUCUUCCUGUUCAUUACGUUUAGGGGCUUGUUCUGUCUUUCUGCUUCGAUCAACUCUUAAUCCUUGGUUACCACCAUGGCUGAUCACUGUCGAGGAGUUGAACCCCGGUAAGCUCUUCAUCCGUGACCCGCUUUCUCGUUUCGAUGUUGUCGAUAAUUUGCCUGAUUAUGUUAGGAGAAUUUUGGGUUCGUCUUGUUUUCGGGUUUCGGAGAUUGGUAGAUUGUAUGCUAUUAGGUUGAGGGAUGUUUGUGAGGGAAAUUUACAGUGGAGAAAAUGGUCUUAUUUUUAUAAUAAGGUUGUUUUGAUUGAGAAUCCAAGUGAAAUUAAACCUGCAAUUGAUGAUUGUAUUGCUGUUGUAUUGUAUUGUAAUGGGAAUUUGGCUAGAAUUAGGGUUAAAGAUGAGAAUGAGAAGCAUUUGAGUUAUUCUCAUGUUUUGAAGUUUGAUGAUAUUGUUGAGUUUAAGGGGAUGGUUUAUGUGAUUGAUCGGAAAGGAAGGGUUUACUGUAUGAGUUUUCGAUACAUGGGGUUGUCGAAUGUUGUGAGUAAGCCAGUGGGUGAUGGUUAUGCCAACGAUAGGAGAAAACGUCUUGUCGAAUCGUGUGGUGAACUGUAUUUGAUUUAUAGGAGUCAUGAGUGUUAUGCUGAUGUUGCUUUUAAGGUUUAUAAGCUGAAUGAGAAGCAGGGGAAGUGGGAUGAGAUACAAGGUAUUGGUGAUGAUCGAAUACUGUUUGUGACUUUAGAUGGGUGUUUCUUUGUGCCGGCGAAGGAUCUGCCUGGAUGGAGAGCCAAUUGUAUUGUGUUUUAUAGGAAUUCUUUCCCUACAUAUAAUGAAACUUUAAGGGUUGAUCGAGAUAUCUUCAAGACCGAAAAGAAAACUAAACUCGACGUUGCUGUCUUUCACUUUGUGGGUGGUGACUGUGGUCCUGUUGCAUCUUUCCCAGGCUAUUCUGAUAUGUUUUGGCCAUCUCAUGAAUGGCUUUCUUCUGAUACAAAUUGGGGUUUUCCUGAAUACAAAGUAACCCAAAAUGAUAGCUUCUCAUACCGGAGCAGAGUGCGCACCUCCUGUAGCAAUCUCUCCCAUGAUAGUUCUGAGUCAAGUGGCAUUGAAGAAACCUCCUGUCAACUAGGAUUUUGGGCAAAGACACAAGAUAAAGACUAUUACUCUUCAACAGGAAUUCAGGAGAUACCCUCUAUUGAAGAUGCUGGAACCCUUGAUAUUGCAACGAAGAUGCAUCCAGAUACAGCUAUUGUUACUGAUUUUUCGCCUACUACUACUGAGUAUCUAGGAAGUGGUUCCUCAAAGACAAGAUUCCAAGGGGUAGAUGUUCGUGCAGAUUUACUACCCAUAUUGAAUAAAGUCUGGGCUAAGUAUGGCAACAUACUUGUAGGACAGCUGUUUCGAAGCAAUGAUCUUGUAGCUUCGGCAUUGGAGUCAAUGGCUAAAAUGGUAAUCCUUCUUCAAAACACCAAAGACAGGCCAUUGAACAGCUCUGAAGUUGAUUAUCUUUGUUCCACCCUUUGUGACCUUCAUCUUAUGCGCUUUAACAUAAGCUGGUUGGUUCCCUGUGUUGUCGAGGCCAUAGCAAUGCACAAAGGCAUGGCUAAUAUAGAAAAACUGUCUGAUAAUCUGAAGGAGUUUGAGAAGUCACAACCCGAAGUUGCAGACAUGAAAAUAAAGUUCCUUGCUGAAGUAGGUCGCUUACAGCAGAUGUUAGAUAAGCACUGA